UCUACUUGUCUAUGCUACGUUUUUUCACUCGUCGGCCAUGUUUGUAGCAGUGAGCUUUUGUUUUCGAGUGGAAUUGAGUCAUUUUUGUUAGUUAUAAAUUGAUUCCAUCUGAAUAAAGAUGCCACUUACACCUGCGGAAAGACAAAGAAAAUACCGGGAAAAGCUGAAAAGAGAGAACCCUAUCAAAUAUGACGAAAUGAAAAAGAAGACUGCUGAGUGCGCUUUGCGGUACUAUAAAAAGAAAGUAAGUCAAUAUACAGAAGAAGAAAAAAUAGAAAGAAGAAAGAAAUGGCAGGAAGAAAGGAAAAGACAAAAACAAGCUGAUCAAGCAAAGGUUGAUAUUAGUAAGCCAGCAAAAACGCAAAAAGAUAUAGAAUAUAAAUUACGUAGGAAAAAUAAAGAGUUACAAAAAGAAAAUAAAAUAUUGCGCAAUAGAUUCAAUGCACUAAGAAAAAAUUUUUAUCGGCAGUCCAAAAAACUAGAUGAACUAAAUCUAGCAUUCCUGGAAUUUAAGAAGACCGAAACCAAUCAAGAAAAUCAAGAAACGGACAGCGACAGUGUUACACCUAUGAAACAAACAGAGAGCUUUAUAAAGGAAAAUUUACCGAAAAUUAACACACAACAAAAAGAAAUAGUGAAAAAGAAGAUUUUAGAACAUAAUGUUUUGGUAAAAUCACUAAGGAACGAGUAUAAAGAAUCUGAUGGUACACAAAAGAAUACUAUUAAAAAAAUUGUAACUAACGAUGUAGUGAAAAAAUACAAAUUAAAAACAAAACUCAAAAAUACCCUAGGGCUCAAAAGUAACAUUCGAACAAACAGAGACAGGAAAAUACGCAAACAGAAACUAUUCAAUGAAAUCAAAAACUUUUACGAUCGAGACGAUAAUAGUCGUGCAACUGCUGGCAAAAAAGAAUAUAGAACAAAAAAUAAAAUAAAGAGACAGAUAAGAUAUCUAUUGGAACAUAUAAAAAAAUUACAUCAAAAAUAUGUUGCGGAAGGUGGAAAGGCUUCAUUGAGCACAUUCAAGAAAUAUAGACCGUUCUACGUACUCAAACCUAAAAUCUCAGACCGUGAUACAUGUGCUUGUGUAAAACACUCUAAUAUGGCGUUCAUGGUAAAAAAAUUAAAACAGUUAACGAUCCUCGAAAGCGAUGACCUCAGUGAAAUAACAUCAAAAUUUGUUUGUGAUAUAACAUCAAAUACUUGUAUGUAUGGCUUGUGUGAAUCUUGUAAAGACAAAGUCAUUAUUACUGAAGAUCAGAUCAACCUGAAUGAAGAAAUUGUAUGGCCAGUAUGGAUGUUAAAAAAGCACGAGUACUGUGAAGAGGGACACAAAAAGACAACAAAGAAAAUGGUAAAAACGGUUAGAGAAGGAACUAUACACGACUUGAUUAAUGCAUUCCACUCUGAUAUGAAGAAUUUUCUUAUUCAUUCGUACAAUAUAUCACAUCAAUAUAAAAGUUACAAAUUUUGCAUAGCCAACUUAAAAGACAAUGAAACAGUCAUUCACAUAGAUUUUUCCGAAAAUUAUACUUGCAAGUUGCAUACAGAAAUACAAGCUCUACACUUCGGAGCUUCUAAAGUGCAAAUAACUCUGCACACUGGUGUUCUUUACAUCAAGGAUCAUGAUAGACCUACAUCAUUUUGCUCAAUAUCCCCCGCAAACGUACACAGCCCUGAAGCCAUAUGGGCUCAUUUGACACCCAUAUUACAAUAUUUGAAAAUCACAUACCCUCAAGUCGACACACUACAUUUUUUCUCCGACGGACCAACAUCACAGUACAGAAAUAAAAAAAAUUUUUACUUGUUGAGCCAAAUUGAAACGUACGGCUUUGAGCAUGCCACAUGGUCCUUUUUUGAGGCGGCACAUGGAAAAGGUGCCGCGGACGGUAUUGGUGGUGCAGUCAAGCGUACUUUAGACUCAAAAGUGGCACAUGGCGAAGAUAUUCCCGAUGCGAAAACCGCAUAUGAAGUCCUUUCUGAAAAGGGACUUAUAAAAAUGUUUUAUAUUCCACCAGAGGAUAUAAAAGUACUUCAAGAAGAACUAAUAGAAAAUCUAAAACCUCUGCCUAAUACAUUAAAAAUUCAUCAAGUAAUAUUUAAAGAUAAGAAUGCUGUGAAUUUUAGAAACUUAAGUUGUUUUUGCAAAAAUAUGAGUGGCAAAUGUGAUUGUUAUUCUACAAAAACACACAGAUUUGAAAUCAACAAAGACGCACAACCAAGAAACACUGUAAAAUGCAAAUUAAAUACAAUAAAGAGAAGUAAAGUUGGUACAAAAAAGAGAAGGGAAAGCACGGCAAGCACCACUGAGUCUGAUUGUACUGAAAUAGAAUAUUUAGAUGACAGUGAUGCUACACAUUUUUCUGAAACUUAUCAAGAAGAAUAUUUAGAAUUAGACGAAAAUAAUCAAGAAGAAUAUUUAGAAUCAGGUGAAAAUAUUUUGAGAGAAAGACAAGAAAAAAGAGCAGAAAAGGGUUCAGGUAAAACUGAUUUUGAAAAUGAAGGAUUAGAAGUAAGAAGAUUGGUAGAAAAUAUAGAUGAAAAAAUUAAAGAAGUACAAAUUGAAAAAAAAACAGCAUCUCAAAAAGGCGUAACGAUUUUAUCUGAUAUUCGAAAUUCACCAUGGAAUAAAAGAUAUUUUGAUUUGAAACGAUGUGGUGGACUACAAUUUAAAAAAGUGGACUCAAAUUUUGACCUUUGUUCAUUGAAAAAAUCAUUAGAUGUUCCCAUAAGCACAGAAAAUAUUGAUCCAUAUAAAAACCCGGUGGCUAGUAGUUCAGGAAUCAAGACUAAGACUGAAAACCAAAAGACUAAAGACUUCGAAGAAAACAGAAAAACAUACUUCAGUAGUUUGAAUAAAGGAGACCAAACCAAAAAUAUUGAAGAAGACUUUGAAGGAAAAGCAAGAUAUGACAUAAAAGAUUCUAUAAAAACAAACGAAAUCAAAGAAGAAGGAAGACAGAACUCAGGAGUAAUUAGUAUUGUAGAAGCUAACAAAAACGAAAAUACCAAAGUCUAUGAUGAAAGUGAUGUGAAGAUUAAAAUUAAUCAAUAUGUAUUAGUAAGAUAUUACAUUCGCAAAACUUGGAAAUAUUAUAUAGGACGUGUAGUCGAAAUACACACCAAAGACGAAGAUACAAACUACACUAUUAAUUUUCUUAAAACUAUAAAAAAACCCUCACUGAGAUUCACUACCCCGAAGAAAAUGGACACGGAUACUGUUCCUUCUUUGUCAAUAAUUGUGAAAACUAUAGAAUUGAACGAAGAAGAUAAUAAAAAAAACGAAUACCUAUUAAAAGAUGAUUUUAAUGAAACUUAUUUUGAACUGUAAAUUAGUUAUCGUAUAUAAUAUAAUGUGUAAGUGAUUUCGUAAAUUCAAAAUAAGUAACUAUUAUUUCUUUUCUAAACAGCUAUAAAUAAAUGAUUGUGCAAAAAGGAGUUUUUUCUUAUAUUGGAGACGUCCCUUUACAAAACUUUUAUGUUACUUUUAAGUUAUCCAGCCACACACCUUUAAGUUACUUUUAUGUCACAUGAGGCCAAUUUUACGGCCUUACCCAUAUGCCGAUGCCUGUUGGUCCUCGCGAUCCUAUGGCAAUAACUACAAAGCACUAUCGGGCGCCGCAGCAAUCGUAGGUCGCAGGUUUGGUGAAGUAUUAUAUAUAGGAAUUAAAAACAAAUACUGCCUAGUGUGUGCUAGAGCAGAGAAAAAACAACUUGCGACCCCAGAACACGUUUGUUUAAAAAAUUACUCGGGUCCGUCUAGUGGUAUGGAGUCUGAAAUAAUUUGUCACGGAUUUGAAACAUCAGUAGCGAUGUACAACAUUAUAUAUGGCCGAUUAAUUGCUGAUGGAGACUCUGCUACAUACGCAAAAAUCCUGGCGCGUAAUCCGUACCCAAGUCAUACUGUACAAAAAAUAGAAUGCAGAAACCACAUGCUCCGCAACAUGUGCAACAAAUGGAGAACUUUAACUAAAGACACGAAGUAUGCAUUGUCUUACAGAAAAACACUGACAGAAGUAAAAAUUAUGAGUAUCCGUAAGGUUGUUAUUGCGUCAAUACAAAAGUAUAAAUCUGAAAAAGAUAAUCCGGACGCAAUAACAGGCUUUACAAAUGGAGUGAAAACUCUAUUAACCAUGCUUUUGGUGACCAUAGGAACUGUGAGUCCUAUUACUGCUCGAAAGAAAAAGAGGCACAGAGCAAUAUGGAGAU